AAGAGUAAAAAGUCGAAGAAAAAGUUAUUUGAAGUUUAUUUUAGCGGGAAAGUUUUGUUAUUCGUGUGCAUCGGAAAUGGCGAAGUGUCUCAAUUAUUUUAUUUUGAUGCUCGUCGUGGUCGUAUGCGUGCUGAUCACAGUAGAGUCGACGAUACCACAACCGAGGGCACCCAACUUCCAGUAUUUUGAAAGGCCAAAAUACCGCUACCCCUACUACGAUGAAAACGGCAAAGGCAAGCUUCUGUACGGCUAUGGAGGACCAGAACUUUACCAGUAUAAGUCGUACUCUCCUUUAGAGGGUAUUCAUUAGUUUUAACAGACUUUACUUAGGAGUGUGGCAGAUUAGACCAAGGACUUAAGGACUGUUCCUUUUUCUAAUAAAUGUUCUUGUAAUAGGUACAUAAGUACCUACUUCUCAUAAAAAUAAUCGACACUUACAAUUUUUUGUUUAUCGAAACAGUAGUUUCAUUAUUAAAUUUUGAAUUUGAAUUUGGAACAUUAAUAAUAUUGUCAUAUUAAUACCCACUGUAAAAUUACACUUAUUUUUGUCUAUAAUAUUAGUAUUUAAUAUUUUUGUUGAUAAUCCAUAAGAAACAAACUUGUAAUAUGAAUUGAUUAGAUUUUUGAUGAGAAUUACCUAAGUAUAUAUUUUUUUAUUCUUGUUAUGUUUUUGACUCAUGGCCUUACACAUAAAACUAGGUUUAUUAAGUUUAUUUGUAAGGCCGUUUGAUAUCAAGCGGUUAUAUUUGUCCUGUGGAAAUCAGUAUAAUUUCUAUUAUUUUAACUAAAUUGAACUCCAUUUACUUCGCAAUCGAUAUAAUGACGUAAAUGUAUGUUUUAAGUGAAAAAAUAUAUUCUAUAUACUUUGGAAAUGGAAAGUAUGUACUUAAUAAUAAGAGUAGUCUUUAUUAAUUUGUCCAACUCGUGAUUUCUAGUGAUACGUAUUUAGUUUUUUCCUAGAAUUUGUAUUUUUUUUUGUAUAUAUAUACAUUAAUAAAGUAGUGUAGUAAUUCCGUUGUA